CAAUCAGCUUGCUGAAAGCUCCUUCAUACUGACGACAGCUCCCUACUUUCUUUCUUCUCUUUCCGGAAACUGCAGCGAGUCCAACGUUUCGGGUCUUUCAGACUUAAAAAUGCGUUACGUGGCCGCUUACCUAUUGGCUGUGCUGGGUGGCAACACCAGCCCCUCCACCAAGGAUAUCAAGAGCAUCCUGGGGAGUGUAGGAAUUGAGGCCGAAGAUGAACGUCUCAAUAAGGUCAUCAGUGAAUUAAAUGGCAAGGAUAUCAAUGAUGUCAUGAAUGCAGGCCUCGCCAAGUUAGCCUCCGUGCCAGCAGGUGGUGCUGUGGCAGUUUCUGCUGCUCCUGGUGGUGGGGCUCCUGCAGCUGGAGCAGCGCCUGCAGCGGAAGAGAAAAAGGAGGAGAAGAAAGAGGAGUCUGAAGAGUCUGAUGAAGACAUGGGCUUUGGUCUCUUUGAUUAAUCUUUCUUGUUUUCCUUUAAAACCAAUAAAAAUUGAAAAAUUGGCUUAAA